GCGGCUCCUGAGGCGGGUCGGGCGCGGCGGCGGCUCUGGGGCUCGGACGGCGGCGGCGGCACCAUGGCUGGCGGCAAGGCGGGCAAGGACAGCGGCAAGGCCAAGGCCAAGGCCGUGUCGCGCUCCCAGAGGGCCGGGCUGCAGUUCCCAGUCGGCCGCAUCCACAGGCACCUGAAGACUCGGACCACCAGCCACGGGCGCGUGGGAGCCACGGCAGCCGUGUACAGCGCGGCCAUCCUGGAGUACCUGACGGCUGAGGUGCUGGAGCUGGCCGGGAACGCUUCCAAGGAUCUCAAAGUGAAGCGGAUCACGCCCCGGCACCUGCAGCUGGCCAUCCGCGGCGACGAGGAGCUGGACUCGCUGAUCAAAGCCACCAUCGCUGGUGGAGGUGUCAUCCCCCACAUCCACAAGUCUCUGAUUGGAAAGAAGGGGCAGCAGAAGACGGCGUAGAGGGAGCGCGGCUCUGGAUCCCCCGGUCGUCGUCCUGUACCUGGGCACAGGAACGUCUCGGGGACACCAGGGAUUUUUUUAAGGAAUAGUUCAAAGGAAGAGCAUAGAGGAUUGACUGUAGAGGAAGCAUUGGGAUGGGUUUAGGUUCUGAGUAGGACACACCGCGGGCUGUGGGGCGGCAGCUGGGGGUGGGCGAGUGGCUCGGUCGCCCCUGCGUUUUAUACAAAAGUGGAACCCAUAAACCAUUUUUUACAAAAAUCCA